CAAAAUGGCGGCGGAGCGGUGGCCGCCGGGUCUGGAGCGGGAGCCGGGGCCGGGGCCGGGGGGAGAGGCGGCGGAGGGCGAGGACUUCUUCAUCGGCAGCAUUAGUCCUCUAGCUAUGGAUUCCACAAAAACUUUCAGCAGCAACUCCAAGACAAAUGGAUUACAUUCUGAUGAUGAAGAGCAAGAUAUUUUUGCAGAAGCCACUGUGGAAUUAUCUCUGGACAGCCCUCCAAAUGACGCACAUCAGUCCAAUCCAUCCAUUACAGGGCCAUCAGUAAAGUUUCCACCUAGCACAUCCAAGAACAAAGUCGGUCAAGAGCUAAUUGAAGAAGAAGCAGAGGAGGAUGAGGAUCAUUUUGAUUUGACCGUUACAGUUACUGAGCCGGAGAAAGUAGGUGAUGGCAUGGCUGCAUACAUGGCUUAUAAAGUGUCCACAUUGACCAGCUUAACGAUGUUCAAGAGGAAAGAUUUCAGUGUUAAGCGAAGAUUUAGUGACUUUCUAGGAUUAUACGACAGACUGUCAGAGAAACAUUCUCAAAACGGCUUCAUAGUGCCUCCACCUCCUGAGAAGAGCUUAAUAGGUAUGACCAAAGUGAAAGUUGGGAAGGAAGAUUCCUCCUCGGCCGAGUUCCUAGAGCGGAGGCGAGCUGCACUAGAAAGAUAUCUCCAGAGGAUCAUCAAACACCCCACAUUGUUGCAGGAUCCUGAUGUGAGGGAAUUCUUGGAAAAAGAUGAGUUGCCACGUGCAGUAAACACUCAGGCUCUGAGUGGUGCUAGUCUUCUUCGGAUGGUCAACAAAGCUGCUGAUGCUGUCAGUAAGAUGACCAUAAAGAUGAAUGAGUCGGAUAUAGUAAGUGUUUUGUGCCUCGUAGUUGUACCUGAGAGAGUUUCAUCACUGAAGUAGAAGGUGCUAAAACCGCUGGAUGCUGGUGUGAAUAGUUCUGCCUCAUGGCUGUAUUGAAUCAACUGGUCCUGUCCCAUCUGUGACCAGUUCCAGGGAAUUGUUGCAUUUUGUUUACUAAUGUCAUUUCUUUGCCACCUUGUGAGGUAUGGGAG